GCUCUUUAGACUCGGAGUUUAUUCCAAAGUAGUCCCUGAAAGCAGAGGCACCUUGAGAAAUAUAUCAACAUGGAGAAUAACACAACAAACACCAAGGAGAAAAGCACUUGUGAAAUAAAAGAUAAUCCUGCAGUAAAGAAGAAAGUGGACUGGUCUGGUAGCCUUAUUGUUGCGUCUGUGGCUGGAGCCUUUGGGUCAUCUUUUCUGUAUGGCUACAAUCUUUCUGUAGUGAAUGCUCCAGCUGUGUACAUCAAGAAGUUUUACAAUGAAACUUGGGAAAGAAGAUAUAACCAGUCAAUGACAGAACAAUCAGUUACCUUAUUCUGGACAAUAUCUGUUUCUAUUUUUGCUAUCGGUGGACUUGUCGGAGCUUUAAUUGUUACCCCAACUGUCAAAUAUUUUGGCCGAAAACGAACGCUGCUGCUAAACAAUAUAUUCGCCAUUGUAGCUGCGCUGUUGAUGGCAUUAUCUCAUCUGGCAGGUUUCAUGGAAAUGAUGAUUGUAGGCCGAUUCAUAAUGGGCAUUGAUGGAGGUGUAUCUCUGAGUGCCCUCCCAAUGUAUUUGAGUGAAAUAUCUCCUAAACAGAUCCGUGGCUCCUUGGGGCAAAUUACAGCAAUCUUCAUUUGUGUUGGUGUCUUCACUGGACAGGUUUUGGGGCUACCUGAAAUAUUUGGGAAGGAAUCCCUCUGGCCCUACCUAUUUGGAAUGAUUAUUGCCCCAUCGGUCCUCCAGCUUGUGGUCUUGCCCUUUCUUCCAGAAAGUCCUCGCUUUCUUUUGCUUGAAAAACAUGAUCCAAAAGCAGCAGAGAAAGCAUUUCAGACCUUCCUUGGGAAAUCUGACGUGUCAUAUGAAAUAGAAGAGGUUUUGGAAGAAAGCCGACUGCAGAGAAAUAUCCAAGUGGCUUCCAUCUUUCAGCUGUUGUGUGAUAGCAGCAAGCGAUGGCAGAUACUGACUGUAGUUGUAACCAUGGCCUGCUACCAGCUCUGUGGCCUCAAUGCCAUUUGGUUCUACACAAAUGACAUUUUCAAAGGAGCUGGGCUAAGUCCAGAAAUGAUCCCAUAUAUUACCUUAAGCACGGGAGCUAUUGAGAUUUUAGCGGCUGUUUCCUCAGGUUUGGUGAUAGAACGGGUUGGACGCAGACCUCUUCUGAUUGGCGGAUUUAGCUUGAUGGUUCUCUUCUUCAUAAUACUUACUGUGUGCAUGACUCUACAGGAUCAGGCUGUUUGGCUUCGAUACCUCAGCAUAGUCUGCAUUCUUGCAAUAAUUGCAUCAUUUUGCAUUGGACCAGGCGGGAUCCCAUUUGUCCUCACCGGGGAGUUCUUCCAACAGUCGCAAAGGCCAGCUGCAUUUAUGAUUGCUGGAAUAAUCAACUGGCUCUCCAACUUUAUAGUUGGACUUGUUUUCCCUUUCAUUCAGGAAGGUUUGCAGUCCUACUGUUUCCUUGUGUUUGCUGCUGUCUGUGUUGCUGGAGCCAUUUACCUUUUCUUCGUCCUACCCGAGACAAAAAACAAGACGCUUGCUGAAAUCAACCAGGCAUUUACCAAGAAAAAAGUUCCAUUAGAAACUCGUGAAAUGGAUCAGUUUGAAGCCAAGAAAAAACCCCAUGGAGAGCAAGAACUCAAUUUUUCUUCUACACUAGAGAAUGGAGAAGUCAAAAAUCGAAUUGUCUAAAAUCCAAUUUUUAAAACAUUUUUUUCCAUCAUAUACCUUGAUAACUUUCAGUCUUUCAACCUAAAUAUUGUUACCAUCAGCGUGGUUGCAAGGGAAACUGUUGGGCCUGAAUUUAACCUGGGUGGGUAUAUUAUAAGAUGAAGAGUGACAUACAAUUCUAGCUCUCAGACAUGCUGCUCAAUGAUUGAUUUUUAUACAAAUGCAAAUUUCAAAUGGAUCAUUGUUCGAGGUGGAUAAGGAGGAAAUGGUCUGGCCAACCCAGCAUUUCAAAGGGGAUUUUGAAACCAUAUUUUGUCUGGUAGGAAUGCCAUUUCCAUUCCGUAAUGACCCAAACUCAUAUUUUCUUGGAGUUUAUCACUGAAAUUCUUCAUCACUCCUAUGGCUGGCCUUGGUAUCCCAGGCCAAUUGA